AUGUCGGACCAUGACGUUCAUCCAAAAGAAUACAACAAAUUACGAAGUACUUACAAAUACUAUAUCGAUUCAUAUCUUGCAUUGUAUCAGCUAAAAACGGAAAACGAAGAAGAAUUAAAGUCGAUUUACAAAAUGAUCAAAACAGAACUGAUCGAUUCAAAGAAAUAUCCUCCCCAAAUAAUUAUGCCGGGCAUUUUAGAUAUCAUUCUGUAUAAUAAUCGCUAUACAAAGUCAUAUUUAUUUCUUGACAAACUCAUAUCUGAUGAUUACCAUGUCACAGAGGUCAACACAGUUUCAACUAUUCCAAACUUCUUGUUUUAUAAAGAAUAUGGAAUUAAAUUAGACAAAUCUGCCGAUUUUCAAAAAAUUAACUCAGAAAAUCUUGAAAUUCUUACAGGAGAUACAAUUUACAGAGCAAUUGUGUAUAAUGACCUUGAAAGAUUCAUAUACUUCACUGAAAGAGAUGAAUUUGAUAAAAAUCAAAAACUUAUAGGUAGUUUAUAUCCAUAUUCUGAAGAAGGAUAUACAUUACUUGAAUUAUGUUGUUACCAUGGAGCAGUUGAUUGUUUCAAGUUAUUAAGAACGAAAUUUAACUCAGAAAUAACCCAACAAUGUUUACAAUUUUCAUUUUUAGGAGGAAAUCAAGAGAUCAUGAGUGAAUGUUUGAAAUAUCAGAAACCAGAUGAAGAAUGCAUGAUAUAUGCAAUUAUUUCACACAACAUUGAUUUUGUUACAUUCUUGAUGAAUGAAUACAAUAUAGAAAUCAAUUUAGAUUCAUGUGGAUUUUUUCAAAAUCUUGAAGCAUUUUUAGUUUAUUUCGAUCAAACUAAUGAUAUAAAGAAAUGCUUUGUUUAUUCACCUAUAUUUAAUAUUCCAUCUCUUUUCGAAUACUUCCGUUUACAUGGCGCAAAUAUCAAUGUAAAAGAUGAAAAUGGAAUAACUGCACUUCAUUAUGCAGCAAUGAACAAUAGUAAAGAAACUGCCGAAGUUCUUAUUUCACAUGGUGCAAAUAUCAAUGAAAAAAAUAAAGAAGGACAAACCGCACUUCAUUAUGCAGCAGAGAAUAAUAAUAAAGAAACAGCCGAAGUUCUUAUUUCACAUGGCGCAAAUAUCAAUGUAAAAGAUGAAAAUGGAAUAACCGCUCUUCAUUAUGCAGUAGAGAAUAAUAAUAAAGAAAGAGCCGAUGUUCUUAUUUCACAUGGUGCAAAUAUCAAUGAAAAAAUAAAGAUGGAAUAA